AUGAUCUUGAACAAAAAGACAUUGUUAAAAUCGAAUCCAAAAAACUCAGUGAAUCAAUGUGUACACUUGAAGUGGCAUUUUAUGCAAUUUUUUUGGAAUGACAUUUUAGAGAGGUUUGAUUUAACAAGCCAUCUUUUACUAGACCCGAAAAUAGUUCUUCAAACUGCUGUAAAUGCCCUAAAUUCUCUUUUAUCAUUUGUUCAAGAAAUACGAAAUAAAUAUGAAGAGUACGAAGAAAAAGCAAAACAAAUGUCAGGAUUAAAAGAUUAUGCACCAAUUCGUUAUCGGAAAAAAAAAUGGGUAACCGGAUAA